CAUCUCUGUUUUCUACUCGGACACAAGCUAUAUCCCAGAAAGUUUCCAAUCCUACCCCAAUUCAUUAUUCGAAACCUCGCUCCACUUCAAUUUAAUUCAUCAUUCUAAUAAUUUAUUUACUGGAUUCCUAAUUUUCUGACGAAAUCGAAGUUAGUUAUUAUACCCCGUAUGUAAACCAGUAGCGUAGACGCGACGAUUCUGAACUCCCCCAUCACAUCUCCGGCAAUGGCGGCGGCGGCGGCGGCGGCGCCCCCCUCCUCCUCGUCGCUCGCGCCCCCCGAGGUGCCCAUGGAGCUGCACGCCGGCAACCGCGAUCGCCUCGUCGCCGCGCUCCGCGCCCACCUCUCCGCCUCCGGCCGCCCCCUCCGCGGCCUCGUCCUCCUCCAGGGAGGGGAGGAGCAGACGCGGUACUGCACCGAUCACCUCGAGCUCUUCAGGCAGGAGAGCUACUUUGCUUAUCUCUUCGGAGUGAGGGAACCGGGGUUCUAUGGCGCAAUCGACAUUGUCUCUGGACAGUCAAUUUUGUUCUCUCCAAGGUUGCCAGCUGAUUAUGCUGUGUGGAUGGGUGAAAUUAAGCCAUUGUCUUAUUUUAAGGAUAGGUACAAGGUCGACAUGGUGUUCUAUGUUGAUGAGAUCACACAAGUUCUGCAGGACCGUUUCAGCGAUCAUGGAAAGCCUCUUCUGUUUGUGUUAUAUGGAAAAAAUACAGACAGCGGAAAUUAUUCAAAGCCUGCUAGUUUUGAGGGGAUGGAGAAGUUCGAUUCCGAUCUAAGUACACUUCACCCUAUUUUAACUGAAUGCCGUGUUAUCAAAUCUGACAUGGAGCUUGCCCUUAUUCAGUAUGCUAAUGAUGUGAGCUCUGAAGCUCACAUUGAGGUCAUGAGACGAGCAAAACCAGGCAUGAAGGAAUACCAGUUAGAAAGCAUCUUUCUUCAUCAUGUUUAUAUGUAUGGGGGCUGUCGACAUUGCUCUUAUACAUGUAUAUGCGCUACUGGAGAAAAUAGUUCUGUUCUUCAUUAUGGACAUGCUGCAGCACCAAAUGACAGGACCCUGAAUGAUGGAGACAUGGCACUAAUGGACAUGGGAGGUGAAUACCAUUGCUAUGGAUCCGAUAUAACAUGCUCAUACCCUAUAAAUGGGAAAUUCAACAGCAAUCAGACAAUAGUAUACAAUGCUGUCCUUAAGGCUCAUAAUGCUGUCAUAGCACACAUGCGGCCUGGAGUAAAUUGGUUGGAUAUGCACAAACUUGCGGAGCAGACUAUACUUGAAUCUCUCAAGAACGAAAGAAUUCUCCAUGGGGAUGUCACUGAUAUGAUGGCUCAAAGGUUGGGUGCUGUUUUCAUGCCUCAUGGUCUUGGACACUUGCUUGGUAUUGACACCCAUGAUCCUGGGGGCUAUCCUGAGGGCUUAGAGAGGCCAAAGGAGCCAGGACUGAGCUCCUUGCGGACCAUAAGAGAACUUAAAGAAGGCAUGGUUAUCACAGUUGAGCCAGGUUGCUAUUUCAUUGAUGCUUUGCUGAUACCAGCCAGGGAUGAUCCAGUUUCCUCGAAGUUCUUCAACUGGGAAGAGAUUGAAAAAUACAAAAGCUUUGGUGGUGUUCGGAUUGAGAGUGACGUGUAUGUGACGGCGCAUGGAUGCAAGAACCUGACAAACUGCCCCAGGGAGACCUGGGAAAUCGAAGCUGUAAUGGCUGGUGCGCCAUGGCCUGUGCGUGCGACAAAUAAUAGCCUGUCCAAAGCGUCCUGACCACCUUACCUCAGUUUUUCAGUGCUCCUGAACCCUGUCCAAGCAGAUACAUAUGGAGAUAAAAAUAGGUGAACCUCCUGGGGUUGUUGGUCUGAUGUUCAUCGGUCAUUUCAUAUGUUAAAUUGUAGGAUCUGUUGAAGACGGUCCCCUCGAGUAUCGUCCUUUGAAAACUGAAAGGUACAAAUAAAAGAUCAAGAAAACUGAAAAGUACAAUAAAAAGAUCAGCUUGAGAGGAAAAGAUGCCGUUCAAUUUCCUUGCGAUUAGUUCAAACGUCUCUGUUCAUAACCAUCAACUCUAUUGGCAUGAGAACAGCAUGAGGUGCAUAAUCAUGCAACACUUGUUUUGUGCAAUCACAGGACUAAUGUGGUAUCAUUAAAAUGUCUUGCUUCAUUCUACAAUCUAGUCGGUUUCAGUUUUAUUUAUGUUAUUAAAAAAAAUUUGUUUAUGUUUUUUUCCCUUUAAAUGUAUAUUUUUUAGUUUGUUUAGGCAGGGAUGUACAUCAACUUGUCAUAACUUAAAUGAAGCAUUAUUAUGUUUGGUAA